AUGAACCGAACAUAUGGAAGUACUGCUAUAAGAUAGCACCAAAAUACUCAUAAUGUUAAUUCUUUUGAUGGGUCAAAUAGUGGAGGUGCAAAUGGAGGCUUAACUGGAACAAUAGGUGAUGAAGUAUUUGAAUUUUAAAGAUCUCAAAAAGUGUCAUUAUCUAAUUAGAUCUUGGAAGAAGAAGAGGAGUUCAAGGAUAUUAAUCUAGAGGGGUAAAGCUAGAUAAAUGGAACUCCGAACAAGAUUAAAAAAGAUAAGAUUGUAGUAACUGGCAAAGCGCACAAACACAUUAAGAAGGAUAAAAAGAGAGGCCAAAGCAAAGAGGCUAAGAUUAAUCAAUCCCUCAGUGUUAACAAUAUAAUGAGUUAGAAUAAAGAAUAGCCAUUUGGACCGGCAAGCAUUCUUAAAACUUUUCUUAAAGGGGAUGCUCAUGCAUAAAAUCCAGAGAUUGUUCUUUAAGGACAAAGUUUUGAGAACUAAACAAUGGGUAACGCUUACCAGUGUCGUAUAUGUUUAGAAAGAAUUACAAAUAUCUUCACUACCUCAGAUGUUACCUCGCCAUGCAAAUGCGCUGGCUCAGUUAAAUUCAUCCAUGUCUAAUGUCUAAAAUAACCGGAUACUGAUAAUUACGAUGAUGAAGAUGAUGAGGGAAUGGAUUUACUUGAUAGAAACUUGGACUCAUUCAAGUUCUUCUUUAUUUUGCUAUCUCUGGCAGGUCUCUUCUUUUUCAUAUCUAGCUUUCUUGUUACAAACCCAAUUUUGACAAAUAUCCUGCUUGACGAUCCUCUAUAUCUUAUAUUUAGGAUAGUGAUCUUCAUAGUAUUCUUAGUCUCAGCUGCCUUUGGUAUAAAAUGGAGAAAAAUGCUUGCUUCUAAUGAUAAACAAGCAAAUGGAAUGAAUAUGAGUUUGCAAGAAUAGAUCAUUUAAGUACAGUCUGGCAGAAUCCUAAAUUUAAUAGAAAAGAGCAGAGGAAGAGGGCAAGAGCUAUUGGAGAAGCUUUAAUAAAAUAAAGAGGAAGAGACUUCUUCAAGAUAACUUAUUGGUUCAAGCGACUUCAGUAGUAGGAUUUAACCAGACCUUUCUCAUUAAACCAGCUCAAGUUAAAACUUUCACUUAUGA